UAUUCGGCACAGUGGCCAUGCAAUGCAGACAGCAACUUCUAAAGUCUUUCAUAAAACUAGAUCAAAAAUCACAAGAAUACUCCACUCCACUAAACUUUUCAGGAGUAAGAGCGUAAAAUCCUAUGUGAGUUGAUAGAGCCUGUAGAAGUCCGUAUAGAAAAUGUCCGCCAGUUCCUCAGGGAGACCAAACCCGCCAUGGAGGCGGACGUCGUGCCCAUCUCAGACCCUCUUGGUCCCGCAGGAUGGAAUCCUGACAUACAAGCCAUCGUGGUCUCCACGGAAACAAAGAAAGGUGCAGAUUUUGUCAAUGAUACCAGGAAAAAGAAGGGGUUGAGUGAACUUGCUGUACAUAUCAUCGACCUUGUGCCUGAGCCCUCCCCAACUCCCUCAGAGGAGUCCAAGGUGUCUUCCUCCAACCUCAGGCAGAGGCUCCUGGGAACUCUACUCAGACCAGUACAGCCCAAGCCUGAGAUCAGAGCCCACCCGUAUGUACUCGGGCUGACAGGCGGGAUUGCGUCGGGUAAGACUGCAGUUUCUAGGAGACUGCAGGGGCUGGGAGCGGCAGUGGUGGACUGUGACAAGUUGGGCCACAAGGCUUACGAGCCUGGGACAACCACUCAUGGGCAAGUGGUGGAAACAUUUGGUCAAGAUGUGUUAGCUGAAGAUGGUACAAUCAACAGGAAGGUCCUGGGACCAAAGGUGUUUGCAGACAAGGCCAAGCUCCAAGCCCUGAACAAUAUUGUAUGGCCUGAGAUAGCCAGGCUGGCUAAAGAAGAAAUUGCAGCACACGCUGAAGCAGGAAAGAGUGUGGUUAUUUUGGAUGCAGCAGUUUUGUUGGAGGCAGGGUGGGAGAACUUCUGUCAUGAGAUCUGGGUUAGCCUGAUUCCAAGGAAGGAGGCCAUCAGGAGGAUAGUGGAGAGGAACAAGUUUACAGAGGAGGAUGCUGGGAGGAGGAUCGACAGUCAGAUGAGUAACCAGGAGAGAGUGGACCACGGUAAUGUCAUCAUCAGCACACUGUGGGAACCUGAGGUCACUCAGAAACAGGUAGAGAAGGCUUGGUCCCUACUUCAGGACAGGAUACAGCAGGGAGCUGAGAAGGGGGCCUCCCAGCUAUAACUGUAGCACAAAUCACUUUUAUACAAAUCAGAGUGUUCCAAUCUUCAGUCUGUCAGCCUGCACAUGCUGUAAACAAAUUAAAGUUUCUCUAAUGAUGA